AUGUAACACUAAUAAGAAUAGCAAUGUUUACCAGCACCCCACAAACAAUGUGAAAGUACAUUGUACAUAGUACUGCAUUAUGAUUCCAUGCAAGUUCUUUGAAAAUUGACCGGCUCUGUGAAAUUGAGGCAUUGCUAACUAAAUACACACACCUGCUUUUGUGACAUGUUUGAAUGACAGGAAAUAAAUAGCUUAUGAAAGCUACAGCUUCUGCAACAAGCAAGCCUUUUUUGCUGUGCUCUGCUGUUUCUUGCAGUGUAAAGGUCAGCACUGCUCUUCAAAGUAGCAAGAUAGGAUGCUGAUAAAACGAGCUGCUUAACCUACCCCUACCAAAUAUAGCUAUGCAGAAAUCAAACCAGUGCAGCAGGAUAUAAACAGGAGUACAUCUGCAAAGUCUCACCUGUAAGAAAUGAAUUAUUUUACACUGCAACAAUCGAAAGCAAAGACUGCUUUCUUGUUUUUCUUUGUUUGAAUUAUUUUCUUGUGGUCUACAACAGAAGAAUAGGCUCAGCUCAUUCACUGGGAGUUACCAGGACAAGGACAAGAUUAGAAAUGAAUAUAUCAAAGGGACAGUUCAGGUUGAGUGGUAUGAAGACAAAGAGAAGGAAUGCUGUGAUGGUUUGGACAUGUACAGAGGAGGGAUAAAGGAUAUGCUGGACAAAGGAUGUUAAAAAUGGAGCUGCCAGGCAGGAGGAAAUGAGGAAGACCACAGAGAAGAUUCAUGCAUACUGAAGGAGGACAUGAAGGCGACUGCUGUCACAGAGGAGGAUAAGAUAGGAAUGAAGCCUCUGCAUGACAAGCUAUGACCAACAGAACAGCACUGUAGAGCUCACAUUGCAAAGGGAAGACUUAAGAAUGAAGACCAAGUAUGCAAUCGUCUUUAUCUGUAUUGUGGCCCUGGUCAUCAUUGAAAAGGAAAGCAACAUCCUCUCUAGGGUCUCUGACAGAUUGAUCCAGAGGCAGAUGCCGCAGCAGCAGGAUUUCAGCAACAUAACACAAAAGGGCUCCUUGAUGGCACUCAAAAUGCUGCUGUCGCGACUCUCUGGUACAAGAAGGGAUAGCUCAAAUUUCUCAGAGGAAGAAGAGGAGGAAGAACUGGAUGAUUCGGGGACAUACAGCUACGCCGGUGGCCGUAAGCAUGUAUUACUCUUGGCCACCACACGGACAGGUUCCUCAUUUGUGGGGGAAUUUUUUAACCAGCACGGGGAGAACAUGUUCUAUCUGUUUGAGCCACUGUGGCACGUCGAGCGCAUGCUGACCCCGGCUGCAGAGGCAAACAAUGGGACGUUGUUGUCGGGAAUUUACCGAGAUGUACUCCAGGGGCUUUUCCUGUGUGAUUUCUCACCUCUUGAGAAGUUCAUCUCUCCCCCACCUCAGGACCAUGUCACCCCAUCUCUUUUCCGCAGAGAGUCUAGUUUAUCACUCUGUGAAGAACGGGUCUGCAGUCCUGUAAUCAGAGAUGUUUUUGAGAGGUAUCGCUGUAAGAGUCGUCGCUGUGGGCCACUGAACCUAACUCUUGCAUCUGAAUCCUGCCUUUCCAAACAACAUCAUGCCAUUAAGACUGUUCGUGUGCAUCAGCUGGACACACUACAGCCUUUGGUAGAGGACCCUCGCUUAGAUAUCAAAGUUAUCCAGCUAGUUCGAGAUCCAAGAGCUAUCUUAGCAUCGCGCAUGGUGGCGUUCUCUUCAAAAUAUCACACGUGGAAGGCUUGGGCGCAGAACGGCCAGGUGCCCGAAGAUGACGAGGAGGUGAAGAGGCUCAAAGGAAACUGUGAUCACAUUAGGAUGUCCGCAGAGGUUGGACUGAGCCAACCUCACUGGCUCAGGAACCGCUACAUGCUGGUCCGCUAUGAGGAUAUCGCCCUCUACCCUAUGCAAAAGGCAGAGGAGAUGUACAAGUUUGCAGGGAUACCAUUUAGUUCCCUGGCCAGGGAGUGGAUACUGAAGAACACCCAGACCACACAGAAAGCCAGUGGGAUUUACUCCACUCAGAAGAACUCAUCAGAGCAGGCAGAGAAAUGGAGAUUUACAAUUCCCUUUACAUUGGCUCAGGUAGUGCAGAGAGUGUGUGGACCCACCAUGAAGCUGUUCGGGUACAGAUUUGUGAAUGAUGAAAUGACACUGACCAACAAGUCCAUUAGUUUGCUUGAGGAUAGAUUAUUUAAUUAAACAAGAGGUGAACAUGUGAAUCUGCAAAAUACUACAAUGCAUGCAGUGCAUGAGAGCCAGCAGAAGCCAUUACUGUUCAGAUCGAAACAAAGGUGCCAUAAAAAUACAAAUAAAGGUGCCUCACAUGUAGGCCAUACAGUAAGAUGCUCGCCAAUGAUGUGCCUCAUUGAAAUAAUGAAAAGCUACUUGAUAAAGGGAAGUAUUUGUUUGCAUACUCUGUUCACUGAGUAGCCUGAAGAUUAAACUUUGUUGCAUGCUCUGUAUUUCAUUUAGAAAUGAAACAAGCACAGAUAUCAAGGCCAAAUGUGACAGAUUAUUAUGUAGGAUUUUUUUUUUUUUUUAAAUCUUUGUCAUGGUUGAAUUUUAAGUGACAAACUUAAAGUGAAAGUUAUGUGCAUAUGUUGUCUAAGGGAACUUUUUUCUUAGAGGACCUUAAGACCUUUUCUUAAUAACACCCAGUUUUGCUGGUUUCAUGUUUUCAUACAUCAGCAUUAGUCUAGGCAUUUGCUAGAGUUAUGUUUGAGUAGACAUGAUGUGCUGUGAUAGAGUUGAACAAAUCUUACUCAGGAAAAGUAUGUUGUGUCUCGAUGACAAGCAUUGAUAUUUUCUCAACAGUGUGCUGUGUAAGAGAAUAGGUUUUUCUUUUGAAAACUCUGAGAUUAGAGAAGGAAAAAUAAGAUUUAUUUAUCAAUUUAAAGAUGAUAUGAGAAGUAGUAACACUCAUAUAUCUAUAUGAAGUAUCUACAUUAAAUGUAAGUUUUUUGUUUUCUUUUAAACCACACAACAGCUCAAAGUAAUAAAAUCACCCAAAAAUAUUAAGACCUGCAGGAUCCACCCUGUAAAGAUGCGUUGUGUUUUGAUAUGACCUGUGUAGGUGCACUCACUGGCCAGUUCAUUUGGUACACUUGUUCAGCUGUUUGUUAACACAAAUAUCUAAUCAGCCAUUCACAUGGCAGCAACUUGAUGCAUUUAGUUAUGUAUGCUGAAGUUAAAAUUGAGCAUCCGAAUGGGGAAGAGCAGUGAUUUAAGUGACUUUCAUGCUGUUGGUGCCAGAUAGGCUGAUCAGAAACUGAUCUGCUGGGAUUUUCCCCAUAACCAUUUCUAGGAUUUAGGGGAAAUGAUCUGAAAAAGAGAAAAUAUCCAGUAAGCUGCAGUUCUCUGGAAGAAAAUGCCUUGUUGAGGCCAGAGGGGAAUGGCAAGACAGGUUUGAGAAGAUAGGAAAGCAGCAGUAACUCAAACACUCAUUGCAGCCAAGCAGAAGAGCGUCUUUAAGUGGAAAACCCAUCGAAUCUUUAAGCAGAUGGGUCACAACAGCGGAAAACCACAUCUGAUGCCAAUCCUGUCAGCUACAAACAGGAAACUCAGGCUAUGGGGGCAAAAAAGAGUUUAAAAUUGUGUUAUCUGAUCUGAUAAAUCUAAAUUUCUGCUGUGACAUUUGGAUGGUAGGGUCAGAAUUUGGCAUAAACAACCUGAAAGCAUAAAUUCAUCCUGCCUCGUGUCAGUGGGUCAGCCUGGUGGUGGUGCUUUAAUGGUGUGGGGGAUAGUGUUUUAGCAUGCUUUAGACCCGUUAGUGCCAGCUGAGUAUUGUUUAAACACCACAGGCUUCCUUGAAUAUUGUUGCUGAUCACGAGCAUUAUUGAUAACCAUCUUCCAUGUGUCCAUCUUCUGAUGGCUGUUUCCAGCACUGAAGGACCAUGUAACAGUUCAAAUCGUCUUAAAACUUGUUUCUUUAACGUGUCACUGUCCUCAAAUGGCCUCUAAAGCUACCAGAUUUCAAUCCACUCCUUUUGGUAUGCUGUGGAAUGUGAGAGUCACAUCACAGAUGUGAAAUCUGCAACAACUAUGAGAUGCUAUCAAUGCAAUAUGAAUCAUAAUGUCUGAAGAGGCAGUUUCAAGUACUAGCAAGAUAUACCUAAUGAAGUGGCUGAUGAGUGUAUACAGCCUAUGACUUUAAGUGAAACCCAGGUGGUGCUGGCUUAACUGUCAGUCUUGAUAAAAUAUGAAGUUAAGCACUGUGACUUCAGAUAAAUGGCAACAUUGUGCUCAGUUUGGCAGUGGCUCUAUUGAAGCAGCUGUGAAAGACAUGUUUCAGAAUUUCAUGGAGCUUCACUUACCUUCAUUUUAAAAACAUACAUAUGAAUUCAUAUAUAUGUGUGACAUACUGAAGCCAGAACAACCAAUUUUGCAGCUCAAACAGUGGGUGUAGUCACAGUGCAACAUAGUAUGCAUUUAACUAAUGCAGAGUGGGAAUACAUGCAGCUCCUUUUUUUGGUGAGGAGGAAUACAGAUGUGCAGUUUAUCCCUGUUUAUGGAUGAUUCCAAAAAGGUUAGUGUUGUCAUAAAGAACAGAGGCUAUUGCCAACAUAACUUCAAAGUUUUUAUUGAGGCAAAAAAACAAAGAAAAUCAGAAAAAGUUUGAGUCAAUUCACCAAAGGAAAUCUGUUCUUAAGUCUUACUUUGGCUAAUUUAAUUAGUUGCACAUUUUAGUUCUUUGAAUACUGACUAAAAUUUGUCUUUUUUACAGCUCAGAUGUAGUUCUUUCAAAUGCACAGUCUGCCAUUGAAGUGCUAAUUUAAGCAGGCAUAGUAAUAUUUGAAUUUCAAGAAAUGAUUUGGUGCUCAGGGGAAUCAGGUAUUAAGUUGGCAUUUUUGUAAAUUACAUCUGACUUAAGCACAAAGCACACCUCUGGUUAUCAGCAAUGUAACAAAGUAAAAAUAACAUCUGCUUUGCAUUUAGAUACAUUUUAAUGAAUUAACCGAACAGUGGGAAAACUUAACAAGACUUGACUUCAAAGAACGAUA